GUUCGGUUCUUCGGCGCUGUCAUGGCGGGUGUGCUGAAGAAGACCACUGGCCUCGUGGGAUUGGCUGUGUGUGAGAGUCCACACGAGAGGCUCAGAAUAUUGUACACAAAGAUUCUUGAUGUUCUUGAGCAAAUCCCUAAAAAUGCAGCGUAUAGAAAAUAUACAGAGCAGAUUACAAAUGAGAAACUGGGAAUGGUUAAAGCGGAAUCAGAUGUUAAAAAAUUAGAAGAGCAACUUCAGCAUGGCCAAAUAGAAGAGGUGAUUCUUCAGGCUGAAAAUGAACUAAGUCUGGCAAGAAAAAUGCUGCAGUGGAAACCAUGGGAGCCAUUAAUAGAAGAACCUCCUGCCAACCAGUGGAAAUGGCCAAUAUAAUCAUUACAUGUAUUCUGUGGGCUGAUGGGAAACUGAUUUAAUUAAGUGUUCUGUUAUUUUUAAAAUGUUUCCAUGUAUUGACAUAAUCAAGAAAACUGACACAGAACACAUUGAAGAGACUAGUGUUUAUGGUAAUAGGGUCGUAUGAAUCAGUUUUUGAUAAGCAGAGUAUUUGUGCAGAUUAUUUCAAAGAUGGAAUUUCUUUAAACAGAAAGUUUGAGGGAAGAUUUGAAAGUUAAUUAGAAAAAUUCCUAUAGAUCUUUAUUUCAGAGGUCAAAAUCAAAAGUUUCAGUAUCUUUAGUAUGUUACUUAAUUUCAUUUCAUUAUCCUGAUAAAAAGAAAAGGCACUUUAUUAUUACUGUCUAAACAAAUUUACUGGUCACCAUUUGAGAUGAAGUAGUAAGCAUGAAAAUGGUUAGUUGUGAGAAUAAUGGCAAAAAUAGUUCAUGAUAAAAUUUUAAAUUGUUGACCUCCUUGGCUGUGAUCUUAUGUAUAAAGGAAAACUUAAAUAUAUGAUUCUGUAAUGACUAUCAAAUCCAUUAUAAAUGUCAUUUUAUUUUAGGCUGCGUUUGGAUUAUUUACUCUAUUUUCAUUAUUUCCAUUUUAUCUUCAUUUUGUCACAUUUUGUUGUUACUUUAUUAGCCUUGAAAACCAUCUGAUUAGAACUCAUUGUACAAUUGAAGAAUUGAUUUUUGGUACUUGAAAGAUUUCUUAUUUUUACAUAGGUUGUUGGAUAAGCUUUUCCUUUUGUUUCAUUUAAGGAAGUUAUCUGGCCCUUAGCCUUUAGUUUUAUUGAUCAACCCAACUAUACUAGGAUGGAUGUAGAAUUUCUUUUAAAAAUGGUAGUAGGAGUUCCUGAAGUUUACCUGGCACACAUGAGUAUAUUCAAAAUAUCUUAGUCAUAUGGGUAUUAUUUCAAAGUGGAAUCACUAAGUAGUUUUCACUGUUUGUAGUAUGCAUGCCAGGUAGGUAUCAAACAGAAGACAAAUGCUGUUCAAGGAAAGAAGUUGGCAAGCUCAAGUUUGACAAAAAUCAAAUUACUUUGCAUCUGUCUUCGCUUUUUCUUCCUAGCUCCCCAUUAUUUCCAAAUACCCAGUUAAAUUUAUUUUUUUUCUUCAUAGAUAAAUCAUAAAUACUUCCCUCUCUGUGUGUGGGCAUUUAUGUGUGUGCUCUCUCUUCCGGCUAAACUGAAUUAUUCAAAAUGAGGAAAAAAAAUUGUAUUUUUUCUUUAGGAAAAAGAAAAAAUAUAUUUCUCCCUUAUAAAGCUAUAACCUAAUACUAAAUUAAUAUUAAGUAGGUAAGUUGGGUUACUUCUUAGCCAUCAGAUUACAAGGGAGCUUCUUGUGGAGGGCAAGCAGAAGUAUUAAGGGAGAGUCAAGCCCAGGGUUCUCAUUCCUGUGGUUCUAGCACCAUUGUGAGUUCAGUGGCUAAGGUGAGGAAGGUUGUUAGUCCCUCAGAUUAUUUAACUUCCUUUUUCAGUUCAACAUUUACUUAAAUAUGUAGUAUAUUUGCUAAGGUCAAAAUAUGUAACCCUAAAGCAUGUGUGCAUGGAUGCUGUCAAGCUAAUUUUCUAACCAAAUUUUUUAGGAUACUUUGGGGACAUUAAAAAAAUUGUUUUGCUGUGUCUUUACUUUCAGUCCCAUUUCUCCCAUGAUUUUUGAGUAUCUUUUAUAUUUCACCAGCAGUGCUUCUAUAGCUUUGUUAUUUAAAGGAGACUUUAUUCGUGUUUGCAAUAGAAUUGCCAGUUUUAGAAUAACGUACUUGUGGAAUAAUAGCUAGUAUGUAAACCUAAUAGUUAAUGAUUUCUGAGACAAAUAUGAAUGUCAGGUACUGUGCUAAGUACUUUCAUUCAUUAAAUCUACACCACAACUUGGUAAGAGGAAGAUACUGUGAACUAUCUCUGUUCUCAUAAUGAAAUGGAAUCCAUCAUGAAUAGUGCUGCCCUAUUCUGUGUAAUGUGGGGUGCUGGAGGAACUGAGACAAAGAAAUUAUUUAAUAAUAUAUUCAAGGUCAUAUAGACAUGGAGUUAAAUUUUGAACCUAGACAGUCUGGUUCUAGAAUUCAUGCUCCUAACUUUAUGUUAUGUUGUUCUUUACUAAUAUGCUUGGGAUGCUGUCAUUUCUGCCUAUACCAUAUCAGCUGAAUCCAACAAACCUAGAUCUUGCUCCCUUGAAUUUUCUGUCAAAGUAAUUGUAAAGAAUAAUAUGAACAGAAGUAGUAAACUGGAUUUCUCUUUGUGCAAUGAUCUUUGGAUUUGCACAAAAUGUUAAAAGGACUGAUAUCAAAAAGGCAGUGCGAUUUGGUCCAUCACUCUUUUGCAUUUACUGGCAUUACAACUGCGUGCACAACUUUACACCUGAUUGUUCUUAUUCUUUCAAAUCUUUUACCAUUUGCUUCCUAUAAACUUCCAUAUUAAGUAUUCUGA